AUGGAAACCAGGAAAUCAAUAAGGAGAAGAAAGCCUCUUCUCAAGGAGGAGGCAGCCGUGGAAACCUGCAGGGCUUCAAAGCGAAAAAAGCUUCUUCUCAAAGAGGCGGUGGAAGAUAAGGAGGACAGGUUAAGCAAUCUCCCAGAUGGCAUUCUGCACCACAUCCUCUCCUUGUUGCCCGUUAAAUCCAUAGCAAAAACCAGCGUUUUAUCGACAAGGUGGAAUUAUCUCUGGGCUACGGUCCCUUGUUUAGACUUCUCCGAGUUUAGUAUGAAGGAAAAAAGGCGUGAGAGAAAAAGAGAGGCCAUGGAGUUGAUAAUAAAAACAGUAUUGGCUGCUCGCCAUGCAAACUUCAAUAUAAAGGUUUUUCGGUUUAAGGGACAACUGGGUGUCACUUGUUUGGGUGAUUGGAUUCAACAAUUGGUACGACAUAGCGUUGAGGAACUUGAGCUGGACGUCGUGUUUGGCGGUCGAUUUAAUUUGCCUCCUUGUCUUUUCGAUUGCGAUUCACUAAAAAGUCUAACACUGAAAACCCAUCAUCUCAAUUCAUGGUUUCAAUUUUGCUCCUAUGAUUUUACAAGAACCGGUCGUGGCCUUCGAUCACUGCAGACAUUGACACUGAAACACGUGCGUUUUAUUUACAAUACUUCGGCUGCGUUAUUUUCGGCUUCUUCAUUCCCUGCUCUAAAGAGAUUGACUCUAAACAAUUGUAUAGAAAUUAAUCGUCUCAAUAUUGGUUGCCCGGAGCUUGAAGGUUUACAAGUUGAACGUACGAAGAUGAAUGUCCUGGACAUCUCUGCAGGUGAAAAACUAAAGAAUUUGCGAGUGAUAUCUUCCUUCCGCGCUUCCAAGAAUGAAAGUUGGGUCAAGAUUUUUGCGCCGAAGCUGGAGACUUUUUGCCGGGAAAAUAAUGAGUUUCCUGAGGAAUAUUCAGUGCAAAGCUUCACUUUCCUGAAAAAGUGUAGCAUUUGUAUAACUUCUUCUUGUGGUUAUCGUUCCAACAUUAAUGCGGAAAAGAUUAAUCAUGCAAUCAGCUUUCUAUCCAGUCUCGUCUCUACUCAAAAACUUUAUAUUAACAUUACAAAUUUAUGUGCGGCAAAGAAAUGGGGCAUAACUUUAUUGGAUAACUCUCGUUACACUGAAGAACAAUACUGGGAAUCUGAAGCUCAAGUUUUAAGAUCCUUUCUAGAUCACCUAAAGGUGUUGACGAUUCAUGUUCAUUUUUCGAUGCGUAAGAGCACGAUUAUUGCUACAAGAUUUCUGCUAAAGCAUGGGAGUGUCUUGCAAGAAGUCAUUCUUAGGUCAAAAGACACCCGUACGCAUUUGUGGAAGGAAAAAUUUAUUAUUGAUGUUCCGUGGGGGUCUCCUCAUGUCAAAAUCUCAAUUAGAGAUGGGACUGUUUUGGAAUUUAUGAGAAAGACUCGGGAAAAUGUGAAUGUGAAGGGACCCUAG